AUGGUUGCACCACCACUUAUAUUGUUCCCUCCAGCACCUGUCCCUGUACCUGCACAGGCACCUGCACCUGUACCUGCUAAUUUUCAGCCAGUGCAAAGUCCACAAUCGUUUCAAGAACCUCAACCUGUUGGUAACGAUUAUAAUAAUCAACCAGAGCAGCCACAAUAUCAAGAAUCUAAUCAACAAACUUAUCAAGAACAACCUCAACAGAAUUUCCAAGAACAACCUCAGCAGACUUUCCAAGAACAACCUCAACAAACCUUCCAAGAACAACCUCAAGAAACUGUUCAAGAACAGCCUCAGCAAACCUUCCAGGAACAACCUCAAGAACAACCACAGCCUCAACAGGAACCAGAAACACAACCUCAACAAGAACCACAAACUCAAGAACAAUUUCAACCUGAACCGGCUGGCGAAACACCUUUAGCUUUCCCACCACCUUCGCCCGAAAACCAAGAACCCCCUCCACCACCACCUCAACCUGAAGAACAACCAUUUGGUUAUAAAUAUAUGUUUCUGUUUAAAAUAUCAAUUAGACAAUUUAGAACCCCCAAUAACUACAAUACCUCCUCAACAAGAAGUUGAACCAAUCCAACCUCCUACAAUUGAACCACCUUCACCACCACCUCCGGAAGAAACAUCUCCACCAUCCACUACUCUCCCAACACCAACAACAGA